UAUUUCGCUGGCCUUUGCAAUGUGCAUCAAUGAUCAUUUUCAUUCAGUUGUGCCCAGGUUCAAAACUUCACAUUUAAUAAUUUAACCACAUAUUUAGCGAAAUUAUUAUUGUUCGGUGACCAGCCAUGUGGACGAGGCCCCUAAAGAAGGUGGUAUUCAUAUUUGCGGCAAGCAAAUUCCAGCUGAUAAGGGGACAAAGCCUUCAAAUCCAGUGCUUUAAAUCGACGGUGGCGAUCCCCAGCCAGGACCUUGAAGGGGUUAGCCCCUCAUCAGCCAGCCAGACCGGCUUUGGGAAAAUCUACGAUAAGAAACCCUUCAAGUUCAGGUGCACCGAGGGGAAAUCUUACUUUUGGUGUGCAUGUGGACAAAGCAAGUCACAGCCAUUCUGCGACAAGCUUUGUAACAAUACUCACUAUAAAAUAAGCAUGCGACCAGUGAAAUUCAUCCCACCUGAGACAAAAGACUAUUGGUUUUGUAACUGUAAGCAGACUUCAAAACGACCAUUUUGUGACGGUACUCAUCGAAGGGAAGAUGUUAUCGCCGCUGUAAAAAUUUAAGCUGGGUUUAAAACCUUAUUAUUGAUUACUUAUAAUUUACUAGCAUAGCUAAAUAUAUUGUUGGCCAUAUUCUAUUGUGGUGGCAAGUCAAGCAAGUGGCAAGUCAUAGUUUUAGAGUAGAUAAUUAUUGCAUAAGUCUAGUCCAUAUUUAAAUCUGUUUUUAUAAUUAAUAAAAUCCACAAUGAAGACUUCAUUUAGCCCGA